UCUUGGGGGGGUCCUUCGUCGUUUUUCUCAAGGGCGACAGGUUCACCCGAGCGGUAGCGCUAAAAGCGAUGGACGCUGGUGUGCCGACGCUGAGUCUGGAGACGAAGCUGCUGCUUCAAAAGCUCAAGAUGAUAUGGGACAAGAUCGCGGGUGGGAAGCUUCACUCCAUCACGCUCUCCGAUGUCCAGGCGGUCUUUGAUAUUCUAGACCCCGGAGAGAAGGGUUACAUCACCCGAAACGAGUGCCACGCAUUGCAGCAGCUCAGCAAUGUGAAGCUCUCACGGAGCUACUUGAUCGAUCUCUGCGAAGAUGCCGACCAAGACAACAGUGGAACCGUGACCGCCGAGGAGUUCCUCAAAGCACUGACCACUGGAAAGGUGGCCUUCAACUAUCUGAGAGAAUCCUUGAACAAGGGCCCCAAAGAGGUGCGGCAGAACGAGUGCGACCGCUCAGAUCUGUUGGUUUGGCUGAAGCACGAGUACGAGACCACCAGCGCUCUGUACUCCAUGCCCACGGUUUUUCUGUUGCUCAUCGUCUAUAUCUAUUUCGUCACAACCCACGUGGAUGUCACAAACGCCUGGCGAGUGCAAUCUGGUCUUCAUGAGAACAUAGAUUCUCUGCACAAAGCGCCGCUGAUGAUGAAUCGGCAUGGCCAACUACCGCACAUGGAGUGGACGGCCAACAGUUGGCUGCCCAGGUAUUAUCACCAGGACUUGAACUUGCACCGCUUCCCGGGCCGAGUGACCAGCUACAACCAGAUGCUGGGUGGCAGUCGCCUCCACAAGGAGUACUACCAGUCUGGGGCCUGUUCUGUCAACUCUGCCCAGGCGCAGCUCUACAACUCCAAAGACGGUACCUGCGACCGCCACGGCGGCAUCACAGAGGAGGACGACAUUGUACUUCCCUACCACCUGCACAAAAGCAUUCAUGAGUUCACCAUCGACAACCUUACCAAGUCCUACUGGUUCGACAACCACGUCGACAGGCUGGAAUACCAGACCAUGUUCUACAACGGCCAGGUGAACAUGAUCACCUUCGAGCGCUUGCAGUUCAUCCUGCGCACGGACGGCCACUUGCAAUUCUGGUUCCAUCACGAGUCCUGGACGGCUGAGCCCUACCUCAAUGCCUGGAACGUCCUCCCGGACAUCCUCUUCGCGGUGCUCCUGCUGCGUAUCGCCCAAGCGGAGGUGAAGGAGUUGGUGCCCGCCAUUGCCGGCGGAGUGGAUGGUUUGAAGGACUACCUGGGCUUCUGGAACAUUGUGGAUUGGAUGGCCAUCACGGUGGGUUUCUUCAACAUCGGCAUGUGGCUCUACAUCUUCGUCAUGGUCUCGGUGGAUCUCCCGCAGGCCAUCGCCCAGAUCCCCCAGGCGGAGCUGGACGCUCGGGUGCUGCAGAACCAGACCUACCUCACCCUGGACGACUUGGCUGAGGUGAUUGAGCCUGCUGUGCUGAACCAAAGGAUCAACGAGAUGUUCAUGCUGGGCCGAGAGGUCUACGACUGGCACCUGCUGCUGCGGUGCUGCUUCUUCGGCUACUUCUUCAUCCUCAUCCUCAAGUUCUUCAAGUCCUUUCAGGCCAACCCACGCUUGGACGUGGUGGUGCAAACCAUCAACCACUGCUCGGUGAACGUGGCGCAUUUCGCCAUUGUCUUCCUUGCCAUCUUCCUUUGCUACGCUUUCGCGGGGCAUUUCCUGCUGGGGCACAAGCACAAGGGCUGGAGCUCCAUGCUGGGCUCGGUGUAUAUGUGCUGGUCCACGAGUUUGAGCAUGGACAUGGUCAAGGAGUUCUCGGUGCCCAUCCAGGCGGUGUGCUUCGCCUGGACCCUGAGCUACCAGGUGCUCGUGCAGCAGGUGAUGUUGAACAUGUUGUACUGCAUCGUCUUCGACUCCUACGCGUACGUGAAGAACCGCUCGGGCACCCCCCAGACGCUCUUCGCGCAGAUCCGCUCUGCGGCGGCCACGGCGCGGGAGACCCGGGGCUUCGUGAACCUCUACACGCUCAUCGUGCAGCUCGAGGACGAUGACUUCCCGGCGCACCCCAACGAGGUGGUGACGGUCCGCUCGCUGAAGCGCGCCUUCGAGCGCGACGGCAUGAGCCGCCUGAACGCGGAGUACUUGAUGCGCCAGACCGCCGACUACGCGCAGGAAAAGGGCGAGGACGUGGAGAUUACCCUGUCGGACGCCAUUCGUGUGACCGGCCACAUUCAGAAGAACACGAUGCUCAAGAACUUAGUCCUGUCCGAGGACUCCUUGGAUAUGAUUACCACCGAAGCGCGCAACAAGGAGGCGGCCGAGAAGCAACAGGACCGCGCCGCCUUUGUGUCCAACACCUUGGGUGAGAUGCCGCAGUUCGAGAAGGUGGAGGGCAAGGACUCCGUGGCGGAUGAGACCUGCGACGCGCUGGAGCAGCACUUGAUUCACGUGUCCACGACCUUGCAGGAGUGCCGCCAAGAGCAGGCCAACAUGGCGGCGGACGUGAACGCUGCCCUAGAGGAGAUCUGGAAGCAGGAGGACCGGCGCUACUCCAAGGUGGACCUUCUGAUCCAUGAUUUGGAGCAAGGCCUGCAGGCGGUGGAGCACUCGAUCGGGUCCAUGGGCGUCUCCUUCAGCGGCACCAACUUCCAGCAGUUGGCCUCGGUGCCAGACCGCUGCGACACCCCGCAGAUUUUGGAGGCCUUGACGUCGCGGUCCGCCAGCUCAGACAGCUGCGUGGAGCGACUCGACCUUCGGCUAUCCGAGCUCAAGGAGCAUAUGCACGAGCUGAGCGAGGCGUCGCAGACGGAGGAGCUGCGGGAGCUCUUCUGGCAGCUGGAGCUGUCGCUCCGGAAUCUCAACGGUGGGAAGAGAGCGUGAUCCCCAUGAAGUGCUUCAUCCGCGGCAAGAAUGCAGUGGUCAACAACAUCCAGGCUGAGAAGAACAACAAAGACAAGGAUGAGUUGAUUGAAGAGGAAGACUAGCUACUAGUGAAUCCAUUUGCUUCAGUUUGACUUAGCUGAGUGGAAAUUCUUAGAGAUGAACGUAAGACGUUGCUGGCUUUGUAAAUGCCAGCGUUUGCUCGUUACACGCUUGAGGUUUCACAGCUUUGCGUCUCAUGAACUGAGACGCUUUGCCGCGGUCAGAAACCGACCGCGGCGUUAACGAAGGCCAUCCCGAAGGAUGCUUAUUGACUCGG